UCAUUUCAAAGAUCUAAAUCGUUUAUGUUGUAGAAAUCAUCAAGGACAGUAACCCCAGUAAAAGUGAUCGUAAUCGGAUACAAAGAGACAUAUUAUCGAGAUGUUAAAUGAAGUUUUUGAGUCUAUAAUAAUGGGUUUGGCUGCAUUGAAUCAAAUCCAAUAAAACUGGCUUUUGGAAAUCGUUUAGCCUUUAACCAGAUCAGAAUCGGAACCACCCCAAAAAUCCUAAUCGUGAAUCGAACGGAGCUCCGGCGACGAUAGGCACAGCUGUAAUAUUUGUCUUAAAUGGCUAACAAGGUUCAAGUCCCUACAAGAAACUCAGCACUCAUUGCUAUGAUUGCUGAUGAGGACACAAUAACUGGAUUUUUACUGGCUGGAGUUGGAAAUGUGGACUUGAGAAGGAAGACAAAUUACCUUAUUGUGGACUCAAAAACUACUGUUAAACAAAUUGAGGAAGCGUUCAAAGAGUUCACAACAAGAGAGGACAUUGCAAUUGUGAUGAUCAGUCAGUAUGUUGCAAACAUGAUAAGGUUUUUGGUGGAUAGCUACAACAAGCCAGUUCCAGCAAUAUUGGAGAUUCCUUCCAAGGACCAUCCUUAUGAUCCUACCCAUGAUUCGGUUCUUUCACGAGUGAAGUACCUCUUCUCUGCUGAAUCAGUGGCUUCUGGGAGGCGUUAAUUCUGCCUGUAGUUAUAUCAUGUUUCACACCAUUUCCCUUGUGUUGUGUCGUGUGUAUCCUGAAACACUUUUUUUGCUUGCUUAUCUUAAUUCUUUUGACGAAACAUGUUUCAAGUUCGAGCUAUAGUUGUUCUAGAUUGAAAUUCUGAAUAAGCUACUUUUGUCGAAAGCAGUCGUUGAAUGCUUCUUUCUAUAUUGCAAAUGACUUAAACUGGAUUUGGGUGAUAAA